CAAGAGGACUACACCAGGCAGCGACUCAAAAUGCCUGCCUGGGCCAGCAGGGUAAAUUAGUUUCGCGAGGAAGGAGGCCUGCAAGUUCCAUAUCGUCACUGAUGACUAUUGCUGCACCAACUCCCAUUAUCAUCAGCAGCUGAUUUGACUAGCACUAGUACUUACUGUCCUACGAGAACGUGCUCCCGUGCGCAUCCGUACCGAUAGAUCACUAGCAGUAGCAGGCACAGACAGAUUUGGAGCUGCUCUGCUCUUUAGCGGCCAUGUCCAAGAAAGGAAUCCAGUAUGUCGUGGUGGAUGCCUUCACGGCCCAGCCGUUCAAGGGCAACCCGGCCGCGGUAUGCUUCCUGGUGGACGACGCGGCCGCCCCCGCGGGGGACGGACGGUGGAUGCAGUCCGUCGCCGUCGAGUUCAACCUCUCCCAGACGGCCUUUUUUUCGCGUGACUCGUCCCGCGCGGCCGACGCCGCCACGCCGCGGUUCCACCUCCGCUGGUUCAGCCCCGUCACGGAGGUCGCGCUCUGCGGGCACGCGACGCUGGCCACCGCCCACUUCCUCUUCACGUCCGUCCUCGCGGAGAGCCAUGGCGUGGUCGAGUUCGCCACCAAGUCCGGCGUCCUGACCGCCAAGAAGGUUCCUGCACCAGAGACUGAGGAGGAGCAGGAGAAGCUGUUCAUUGAGCUGGACUUCCCCAUGAUUGACUAUGUGGGUUGCGAUCCCGCCGACGAGCUGCCGUCCAUCCCGGAGAUGCUCAACGGCGCGUCCGCCGUCAGUGUUCAUAAAUCAGUGACCACCAACGACUUCAUUGUUGAACUUUCAUCAGGAAAAGAGGUUGCCGACGUCCUUCCAAACAUCGAAGAAAUUAGAAAGUGUGCCGGCAGAGGCGUGAUUGUUACAGCACCGGCGCCUGCUGGAUCGGGCUAUGACUUCUUCACACGUUUUUUCUGCCCAAAAUUUGGGAUUGAUGAGGAUCCGGUAUGUGGCAGUGCACACUGUGUUUUGGCACCCUAUUGGGGUGGAAAGCUGGGGAAACAAAAACUGGUAGCGUUUCAGGUAUCUCCAAGGAGCGGGACACUAUACCUGGAGCUGGAUGUUGAGAAUCGGCGAGUGCGGAUUCAGGGCGAAGCUGUUACUGUCAUGGCUGGGACACUCUUCGCCUAGCUAGCAUAUUGACACUUCACGGACUUGCCCUAUUAAAGAAGACUUUGUAGAAAUAAAUAUAUUUGCUGCUAUGCGCUGGUCUAACAAUCGAUGCACCAGUUUAUGGAAUAAAAUGGAUUAUCUGAA